AUGUGCCCGCCAGUUAUUAUUUGGCAAGAGAAGCAUGAAAAAACUCAACUGGAUUUGUUUUUCGGCGUUCAUUGUUUUGCAUCUGUUUACACCUACAGAAGCUGUCGAACCACUUGUUGAGAGGGUGGAACCAAGCCAUGGAAGUCUUUUUGGAGGAACGAGAAUAACAAUUUCCGGCAAAAAUUUUGCCGACAGCCAGUUCAGCUUUGGAGUCGGAAAUGAAAAUGUGGGUAGCAAGGUUGACCUCGUUUCUGAUUUGACUGGACUUCCACAUGAAUGCAUAAUCCACAAAGAUGGCUGCCACAAGACGCAGAUCACGUGCUACACUCCCAAGCUGUCAGAGGGAGACUACUAUGUUCGUGUCAGUGUUGACGGAGUUAAGGUUCCUAUCGACAAACACUGCCCCCAGGAUGUCUCCAAAUGCAAGUUUCAGCCAUCUGAAAAAUAUACACCGACAAUAACCAAUUUGUAUCCAACCACAGGAAUGCCAGGAACCCUGAUUCGCAUCAGUGGUAAGGUGGUCACUGACCGGUUUGGCAGCAACAUUCAGCUCAGCUCUAACGGACUGGUGGAGAAACUGCUACGAAUCUACCUGGGGAGUAGGAAUUGUGAAGUGAAGGACCUGGAUAAAGAUGCAUUUUAUAGUCUCCAAAUGGAUGGUGAAAAGACUCUGUAUGGACACAUUGACUGUAAAGGUGACACCAUAUUCAUUGGUAAUAUGAAUGCCAGCUUCAUCGUUGAAGGAGGAUAUGGAAGAUCCAGACCAGACAAGUCAAUUUUGAAAGUGAGCAGUGAUGGAAAGAUUUACAUGUAUCAGCAGUUUACAUCCAUUGACGCUGUGUCGCCAGCAGUUGGUAGCGUGAUGGGAGGGACAAAAGUGACCUUGACUGGAAACUACUUUGACAACACCAUCGCAGAACCUAUCAUUUUGAUUGAUGACACUGUGUGCGAAGUGAAACAGGACAUCACCAAGACAGAGAUCGUGUGUAACACAGCAGUAAAACCAUCCACAACAAAACCAACAUACAAAGGAAAUCGUGGUUUGAAAUAUGAGAUUUGGAACAGCACAACUCGAUCGGCUGCGUCACUGACAGAAUUUCAGACCCUGCUGUCGUCGGCUGCCGACUACUACAUGAAGAUCGUUGAUGAGGCGAACCUCACGGAUACCAGCAACGUAAACUACGUGUCGAGGAUGUCGGGUUUCUUCAUCGCGCCACUCGAUUCACAGUACAGGUUUUAUGCCAAGGGAGACAACAAUGUUGUCCUGUAUCUCAGUACAGAUGAAGAUCCGGCCAAUAUGGAGAAACUGGCAGAGUCGGGAGUGGCCAGCACAUACUGGAAGAAUUCAGCGCAGCAGUCGAAGGUAGUAACACUGCAGAAGGGAAAGAGCUACUAUAUGGAGAUUCUCCACCGUGCCGGAUCAUCGACUUCAAAGAUGCAAGUGGCCGCUCGGGCGUACCAGACACGCUUCACCAACUCCAUGACUGGUGUCGCCGUACAGGAGAAACAGAAGAUUUCCGUAACAUCGACCGUGCGCAAGGAAACACAGGUGAUAAAAGUUCAGUCUGGGGGAACGAAGUCUGCUAAAGCCAGCGUACAAACUGUCACAGUGUCGGGUUCCAGUAGCCAAUACCGUCUAGGACUCCAUGGUGCCUACACAGAGCCACUGACAACAGCGACAUCAGCUGACAGCAUGAAGUCCGCUCUGGAAAAACUGCCGAGUCUUUCGCCGAGCACCGUAAGCGUGACGCAGUCUGGAUUGGAUUACAUCAUAAGCUUCAACACUGAACGAGGUGACCUUCCUCUCCUGACAUACAAGAAGGAAAAUCCUGACUUAUCCGUGUCUGUUGUUAAAACGACAGCUGGUGAACCGAGUCUCAAUUACUUCAAUGUCGGCUUCGACGGCAUUGCGUCACCUGAUAUCAGUGUCGGAGCAACAGCAAAAGAAGUGGAACAGGCUCUGACAUCUCUGUUUAGUGUGAGAUGUCCUGACGACCUGGGUGCCAAAGGAAGUAGCACAUUCUUCCAGGGUUUUGAAGACAGCGUUGAAACAAAGUUUGGAACGAGAGUGUCCGAUGAGGAACCGUUCUGCGGGAUGUACUCGGCUAAAAACCCCAAUUACUUGUUUAUAAAGCCCAAGAAAAUCGGAGUCAACCUCUUACAGUUCUCUCACCUUUGUUUUGCCUAUCGAGGUGAGAUUGUUAAAGUCCAGUUUGCGUUUAGCUAUUUGAAAUCUGACAAUUCCGGCCGUGGCACAGCCUGGGCGUCUUUCACUGUACCACGUGACGCAGCAGCCGACCCCAAAAUAUGGUCUUAUCACUGCGAGGACAUUGCUGCUAUUGCCAAGCAGAGAAAUUCAAAUGCUGACCAUCGUAUCGAUUUGGCAAGAAUAAUCCGCAAGGGGCCAGAACUCUUCGUUGAUAGUGUUCGUUUGGCGCGAGAGGCGGACAAGGAUUCAGCUGGUGUGAAUGACAGAAGAAUGCCGCCAGCGAAACCGAACGGAUUCCGCAUUAAGACAGUUGAGGUGACGAGCGCCGAGGUGGGGACGUACACCGUUGUCAUGACACCAUUCAACUGUGGUUACGACUUGCCACUCUUCAGCCUGGAGUAUGGAAAGGUGACAUCGGGUAGCAUAUCAAAAACCAGUUCGAGUGCUGACUUCUCUCUCAGUAACGGCGGAACGAGUCUCACCGUACAGGUGACCCGUGACCUCACCACAGGCACAGCAACACCCCCUGUUGGCGGGGAUUUCAAGAUCACAUUUGAGGGAAAAACAACUGAAGCCAUUCCUGCAUACGCCAAGGGUGACACUGUUGCCGAUGAACUGAAGGCACUGUCUACAAUUGGUGAGAUUUCUGUGGAGCGUAACGGCGACUGCGCCAACUUUGAUUACGAACUCACCUGGAUAACACAGGCUGGAGAUCUCAAUCCAAUAACGGUUGAUUCCAGUUUAACAGGAAAUGUGGUGGCUGUUGCCGUAACGACACUAACCGACGGAAGUGUGUGGUUCGAUCCAAUCAUGGGAGACAUGUUACAAACACCACACCCCAAACCACAGAUUCGUGCCUACAUCAACAAGAUCCCAACGGCGUGCAGUGGUGACUGCAGCUAUGAGUGGUUACAGUCGGCUACGCCAACUAUCACUGGUGUUAACCCUUCAUCAGGAAUGGUAGCUAAUAGCAUUGCCAUCACCAUCACCGGUACUGGCUUCGAUAGCACUCCUGCCAACAACACCGUCAGCAUCGGAGGCGUUGCAUGUACGGUUACCGCAGCAACUGCGACAACAAUCACAUGUAACAUUGGCAAUGGGCCGACCGGAUCUCAUGCAAUUGUCGUAGAUGUAGCUGGAAAAGGACUGGCAUCUGGUUCUGUUACGUUCAGCUAUCUCUCGGCCAUCACUAGCAUUUCUCCGACAUCCGGUAGCAUUGGAGGUGGAACAACGCUGACAAUAACAGGUUAUGGUUUCACCAGUGAUGCUGUCCCCAAGGUGAACAACGUUGUCUGUAAGCUCACCACCACACCAACACCAUCUCAGAUCAUCUGUAUUACACCGCCCUCGACGUCAUCGACGACAGUGUCUGUUGACGUCACUGUGAGCCAGGCGAGUUCAGAACUGACAUCACCAACUCAGUUCGAGUACAACUUGGCGUCCACCGCCAUCAUCACUCAGCUCUCAACCAUGUCUAGCAGUGUCGAAGGUGGCAACACUUUGACGAUAACAGGAACUGGGUUAGGAGCCUCGCCCAAUCCAUCACAGCCUGUAACAAUUGGCGGAAAUGUUGCCACGGUGACCAGUUACAGUGACACGGCAGUGGUGGUGACACUCCCAUCCAACCCGCCGGGUAGUUAUCCCGUUCUUCUACAGAUUGGCACUAACGGAUACGCAGACAGACAAAUCAACUCGAUUGGAGACAUUGUCUAUGAUCUCAAAGUGACGAACAUCUAUCCGGAUGCUGGCUCUCUCUAUGGUGGGACGAAGGUCACCCUUUCUGGGGUCGGAUUUAGCACCAACACCACACUGAAUGAGGUCAAGUUCGGAAAGCAUGUCUGUGAUGUCGAAUCUGCGACAACCACCAAGAUAGUGUGCACGAUACGCGACACUGGUGAAGUGCAUCACGUCACCAACAAAGGAUCACACCCUGUGUUUGGUUACCUCUAUGGGUGGGACCCCUCAACGGUUGAAGUGAAGGUCGGCGACUACGUCCAGUUCUCAUGGACGUUGCCGUCGUGGGUUAACGACCGUGGAUACGGAAUCAACCAGACAAAGAAUGCCAGCACCACUGAACUCAUGCCCGAUGGCUUCUCAACUGGGCCUUCCAAAACAGCCAAUGGAAAUUAUAAAUACCGGUUCAGCAUGGUUGGAACAUAUUACUACUGGAGUGGUUGGGUUGACGAGUAUGAGACGAUUUCUCUGAAGGGCUCCGUCACAGUUGUUGACAAGACAUCACACACCCAACUUUUAAAGCUCACUGUCGCUGGGCACGAAGCAGUGUAUCAACCUGGUGGCGCUGAUCCAUCCCCAGCUGCAGUUUGUCCCGGCACUGUUGCCGACAUCCCGUCCUGUUCGGUAACGAAACCAGCUGACCUGGACGCGAGUAAAUUCAACUUCAAGUUCUGGUCUUGCCGCUCACCAGUCAUCACCAAUAUCGACCGCAUCAAUGGCAGCACAACCGACGACAUCACUUUGACUGGAACAGGUUUCAGCGCCACAUCUUGCCACCACGAGAUCACUGUUGGCGACGGUCGAGGCAUGCUGCAGACGUCAUCAGCCACAUCGCUGGUCUUCCGAAUCGACUCUUCGACAUCGCCAUCACUGGGAAUCUAUAACGAGAUCAGACUGCGGGUCGGAAAUCUCGGCUAUGCCUUGGUACAGAUGAAAGGUGAUCGCACGCGCCGAUUUGCUUUGAUUCCCGUUGUCGAGUCGAUAACGCCACUGACCGGUUCUACGGCUGGUAAAACUGAGCUGACUGUCACUGGCUUUGGUUUUUCGAGAACGACGAGCGAUAUUCAGUUUGAAGUGGGCGGGGCUCUGUGCACGGUGCAGAGUAUGACGUACACCCAGGUCGUCUGUCUGACGCCCCCUGCCAUCGAACCGAAGGAGGUGAACAUCACGUUCAGGGUGAGCUCCAUUCCGGCCCAAUGCAAAGCGCAGAAGUGCAAAUUCACCUAUUCGCUGUCCAUGUCACCGAAAGUCACAGAAGUCGUGCCUACCAGUGUGUCGACAUCUCCGACAUCGCUGACGAUCACGGGAAAGCUGUUCGGAACCGACAGCGCUGCGGUAGCCGUUGACAUCGGUGGACAGACUUGCACACUCACAGCGGUGAGCGAUACAACAAUUACCUGCGACAUCAGUAACAUUCCCGUCGGGUCCCACCUGGUCAAAGUGGUCAUCGCCGGAAAGGGCCUGGCCAUUACAACGGCAACUGUCAACAGCGUGGCCACGAUCUCUAGUCUGUCUCCGACCGAAGGAAGCGUGCACGGAGGUUUAGAACUGACAAUAAAUGGAAAUGGCUUUGUAAGCGGCAAGACGAGCGUGACUGUAGACGGUUCUCCGUGUACCACAACGAGCGUGACGGCGACCAUCGUCAAGUGCAUAACUCUGCCGCAUGCUGCUGGGGCCGUCACUGUGGUCGUCACCGCGAACGGACAUGCCUACCCUCCCGAUAACUCGUUCUCGUACACGUCGACAGCCACACCCACAAUCACGACCAUCAACCCGACUAGCGGCCUGCAAGGGGACUCCGUCACGAUCAUCGGUACCGGUUUCAGUGCAGAUAACUCUGUCAGUAUAGGUGGUGCCACGUGCACCGUCACCUCGGAAACGUCCACUCAGAUCGUCUGCACUCUGGGGCCCCUUGCGACAGGAGAGUACUCAGUGAAGGUGAAGGCCGCGGGGAAAGGAUCCACUUCAAACGAGACGACGUUCGAAUACUCGUUGUCAGUGUCUUCCUACACACCAAACACAGGAAGCACAGCUGGUGGUCAGGCGAUAACAAUUUCCGGCUCAGGCUUUGAAGUGGAUGCAACGAUGGUGACAGUGUGUGGAAAUCCCUGUACAGCGAAGACGGGAGUCCAGCAGACGUCAUCUCAGUAUAUCUGUCUUGUCCCUCCCGGGUCAGCUGGGACAGCGUGUGAUGUGAUUGUCACAGUCAACGGUCUUUCAAGGACCUUGACCCCGCAGUAUACGUACGACUCCUCACUGACACCUGAAAUAACUCUGGUGGACCCCCGCCGCGGAGGAACUGGAGGGGGCACAACAGUCACUAUCACUGGAACUGGCUUUGGAACCACCGACAGUGCAGUUCAGGUGACGAUAGGUGGCGCCACGUGUGUGGUCACCCCCCCGGUAACUGACACUCAGAUCACGUGCGUCACAGGAAGCUCCACGUCUCAGAAGACCAGCGUGCGGGUCGAAAUUUCUGGAAACGGAAUCGCCACUCAGACCAGUGCCAGCUUUGAGUAUGUUGACGUGUGGUCGUCGAGGUUCAGCUGGGGAAACCAGGACCCGCCUGCCGACGGUGACUUUGUCGUGGUCCCCAAGGGUCAAACGUUACUGCUGGAUGUCGACACGAACGUUUUGAAGAUGCUGCUCAUCAGAGGUGGAAAACUCGUCUUUGACAACAAGGAUGUCGAGUUGAAGGCAGAGAAUAUUCUCAUUGUGGAUGGAGGAACACUUCAGGUUGGCACAAGGGAAGUUCCAUUCCAACAUAAAGGAAUUAUCACAAUGUACGGACACCUCCGUUCUCCAGAGUUACCUCUGUAUGGAGCAAAGACCAUCGCUGUGCGAAAUGGCACCCUAGAUCUCCAUGGGAAGUUCACUCCGAUCACAUGGACUCGACUAGCGGCGACGGCCGAUGCAGGCAGCUCGAUGAUCUCCUUGCAGAAAGCAGUCAACUGGGAGGUGGACGAUGAGAUCGUCAUAGCAACCACAAGUCACCGCCACAGUCAGAAAGAGAGUGAAGUUCGCAAGAUUACUAACAUCUCGGGUGACAAACUGACCUUGACCCUUGACACGCCGCUGUCAUACAAGCACCUCGGAAUAUCGGAAACGUACAAUGGCGUCAGUGUGGAUUUCCGAGCCGAGGUUGGGUUGUUGACGCAUAAUGUUGUUGUCAGGGGCAACAAGAAUUUGUCAUGGUCCGUGAAAGUUCCUGCCUGCCCGGAUGGUUUUGACACAGGAGAAUUCACCACCCAGACGUGUUUCCAGGGACGAUUUGGGGAGGAGUUGGGCAGCGAUGAGUUUGGUGCGAUGAUCAUGAUUCACUCGCCGGAACGGGACGAGCAGUCAGCACAAGCUCACAUCAGCUACACGGAAAUCACUCACGCCGGACAGGCCUUCCGCCUCGGUCGCUACCCCAUCCACUUCCACCGCAACGGCAACAUGUCUGAGUCAUACGUCAUCGGCUGUGGCAUCCACCACACCUUCAACCGAGCCGUGAAUGUGCACGACUCCAUCAACACUUUGGUCGCACACAACGUCAUCUACGACAUCCGCGGUGGUGCUUUCUUUCUGGAGGACGGAAUCGAGACAGAUAAUACCUUUGAGUACAACCUGGGCGUGUUCGUGCGAGCCAGUACCAGCCUGCUCAACGACGACGUGACGCCGGCGACGUUCUGGGUGACCAAUCCCAACAACAUCAUCCAGCACAAUGCCGCCGCUGGCGGUACGCACUUUGGGUACUGGUACCGGAUGGAGGAACACCCGACUGGACCGUCUGCCACCGCCAGCAUCUGCCCACGCAAUGUCCCUCUCGGAGUGUUCCAGAACAACACUGCUCACUCGAUGGGCUGGUUCGGGCUUUGGAUCUUCGAAUUCUAUUUUCCAAUGGAUGGAGACGACCCUUGUACAAGCAGUGUCACCAAGGCUGCAGUGUUCAAGACUCUGACAGCGUGGAACUGCGAGAAAGGAGUAGAAGCUGUCAACGUAGGAGCCUUGCAGUUUCAUGACUUCAUUCUCGUCAACAACGACAAAGCUGGCUACGAGGGCAAAUUAAUCAACAAUGUGCCACAGUACGAAGAGGCCAACAGCCCAAUGGUGAAGGGAGGGAUCAUUGUAGGACACACAUCAGCCGACAUCGACGGCCCAAACGACGCCUUUUGUACCAGCGGUGGAAUCGUGUUGCCUUACGGUAACGGAAUGCUCGUUAAAGACGUCUAUUUUGAGAAUUUCAACACGGCUGGCUGCUCUGUGUUCCGAUGGACCCGGAUUACAGGAACUUGUUCCAACAACUGCGGAGGCUUCCUAUAUAAGGUCUCUGGACUCCGCUUCCAGAACUCUCCCAAUAAGGCGAUUUACGAUUGGGUGGCCGAAGGCAUUCUCGAAGCUAUCGACACAUCACUGACGGGAACAGCUGGCGACCGGAUUCUCCCCAACAUGGCGACUCUGCCCCAAGAUCAGACGAUAUGCGCCGACAUUCCAGAGUUCGGGAUCGGAAUUCCGGCAAAGAGUUGCAAGUCGUCUGUCCGGUUCCACAGGUUCGCGUUCAACGACAUUGAACCCGAGUCUCUGUUGGCGAAGAACGUUCUGCUGAGGAAUGAGCACGGGGAAACGGAGUUUAGUUAUCGACUGAAGCGCAUCACCCACAAGCAUGGCUGGAUGACAUUGCUGGUUGAUGGGCAGGACUACACGAUGACCUUCAAGGACGCACAGCAGCUUAUGAACAUCAGCUACAGUUCGACAUUCUAUCAGUUUUCAGGAAGCGACUACAUAACAAUGACUGUUAAGGCUGACAAACCAGAUAGGUUUGAGAUUGGAGGAACACACAAAAAUGAGUCAACAGCUGGCUUUACCUCAACCGACGAAUCAGGAUCCUGGCAGUAUAAUGAAACAGCUGGAACUGUCAAAUACCUAGUGUCAUCUGUGAAAAGAGUAAAGAGAGCGUCCAUAUACGAAGAGGAUCGUGUGAUGAAUAUCAACGUGUAUCGAUGUUAUUACAGGAACUGCAUCAAACCACCGCACCCCAGUGAGAUUAAGAGUCGACCCGAUGACGCGGUAUUAUGGUCCUCGGCAGCCACAUGGUCUAAUAGAACUGGUGGAAAACCAGUCGAUGGAGAUGACGUAACCAUUCCUGUGGACAAGUGGAUUGUGGUGGAUGAAGCAUUACCGAAGAUGGGGAAGCUGAUCAUUGAAGGGGGCCUGGAAUUCAAAAAUGGCCCCAGUGAACAGUACUUGCUGAGUGCCACCUACAUCUACAUUACAGGCCACCUGGUGAUUGGCUGGCCUCACGAGCCAUACACGGGCAAAGCUAGCAUUGUCUUACGAGGGUCACACACCACACCACAAUAUGUUGUUGAUGAUGGACCAGUUUUGGGCUCAAAGUUCAUGGCUGUGUUUGGUGGUCUUGAUUUGCACGGUAAAGACGUCGGAGUUGUGUGGACCAGACUGGCCACCACAGCCCUGCCCGGAUCAAGGCAGAUAACUCUGGCCGACUCUGUGAACUGGGAGGCCGGGGACGAGAUUGUCAUCACGACGACUAGCUACAACGCUUGGCACACGGAGACUUUCAGCAUCACAGGGAUAUCUGGAAAGACACUCACCCUCAAUGAAACUCUGAAAUACAAACACAUAGAGUUCAGUGAGACACUGGCGACGAGUCAGACCUCGUAUUCCAUAGCUGCGGAAGUGGGUUUGUUGUCGAGAAAUAUCAAGAUAAUCGGAGAUGACUACGACCGAUUGUUCCAGGAAUCGUUUGGUGCGCGUGUCAUCGUUGCUCGUACUUCUGAUGAAACAAUGUCAUACAGUGGUGUUGCCAAGAUUCAGAAUGUGGAGUUUGACCGUUCGGGACAGGAAGGGUUUGUGGCUCCUUACGACGCUCGCUACUCCCUCACCUUCAUGGACGUGAUGAUCGACGAAGACAGAAUGUCGUACGUAAGGAAGAACGCUUUUCACAAUGGAUUCUCCCCAGCUAUCGGAUCCUACAGCACCAAUGGCCUGAUCAUUGAGGAAAACGUCAUUCACCACACGGUUGGACCAGGCAUCGUCAUCCACUCGGAAUCAAACAACUUGACCAACAACCUGGUCACUCUGUCCAUCUGGCCAGGAAGCUACCAGGACCGACGAGAGAUUCAAAACAUUUUGUACGAGGGCGGAAUCGAAGCCAUGCACGCCACCAACAUCAUCAUGCGGGGCAACGUCGUGGCCGGGUCUGAACGUGCAGGCAUCCGCUAUCCUGGCGAAGCCUGCGACGCUCCCACGACCAGCCUUGCCGACAACACCGUCCAUGGAAGUCUCUCAGGAGUGGCAAUCUUCCCGAAAGACAAACUGGUUUCUUCAUCCUGCGUCAGGUGGUCAAACUUCUUUGUGUGGAAGAACCUCGACUGGGGAUUGUACAUCAACAAUGGCCCCUCAGUUGAGAUCGAAGACAUAGUUUCUGUCGAGAAUGGUGUGGGCGUCUUCACGAUGGUGGUAGGACCCGGGGCUUUAUCGCACGAUAUCUCACAAGACAAAUACGUGAAGCUGAGAAACUCAACGUUUGUCGGGAAGACGAGUUCGUACGAUUGUGUCAGCGAUGUGAAACCUUCCAAUGAUGACAAUAUCCAACUGAGUGGUCAGGGACGCAGCUGGGGAAAUGGGACGCAUGGGAAAGUUGGUUUUUCCAUGGCCGUCUUUACGUCCGGUGGAAAUCUCGCCCCCGAGAAACCGUUCUAUGUCAUCAUGGCUUAUCAAGCUUUGAAGGGAAUCAUGAAGGUGUCUGAUGUGGUAUUUGCACGAUUUGGAGCCAGCUGUGGCAAUAGUGAGGACUACGCCAUUACAACCGACCCAGGCAGCGACGAUGGCAGCCACCCUCUUGAGACGAGUAGGAUCACGUUUGACAACGACGUCAACGACAACAAUAAGUUGUAUUAUCACAUCCCUAAUGUCAAUAAAAUCAACCCGUCCGAUUGCGUGGACAUGGACUGCGACGCACUCCAUAAGUGUCUUCUCAAAGACAUGGACGGGUCCUUCCUCGGAUCAAGUGGGGCCGUUAUUCCCGUCUCGGAGUUCCAGUGGAACGGGGACCCUCGGAGGGGUCUCGGGGAUUACCGCAUCCCCAAGGUUCUCUUGACUGCCCCUGAUGGAAGUAAACUGGACGCGAAUGUCGUGGCACCUCACAAAGGUGUGAUUCGUGACAACCAGUGCAUGUAUAAACAUUACUGGCGUGGCUACGAAUGUCACAACCUCGACUACGAGAUGCUGAUCAUCGAGAGCAUGGAUUCCGACACGGAGACUCGCAGACUGUCGCCCGUGGCGAUACUCGGAGAAGGCUAUCUCGAUCUCAUCAACGGACCACAGGACCACGGCUGGUGUAGUGGAUAUACCUGUCGUAAACGCCUGUCCACCUUCCAAGCUCUCGUAGCAACUGGUAAAAGUUACGACAUAUACUUCACAAGCACAACUCCACAGACACUCCGUUUGUAUAUGAUCAAUGCGGACAGCUCACAAGCAGUCAGAGUUUCGAUCUGGUACGCCAGACCGAACAGACUCGACGUCAAGGUGGAUGGCAACAUAAUUAUGGCAAAGAAUGCUGAAAUAAGAAAGGGCAAAUAUUUCCUGAAUGCUGGCCAGACUUCAGCACAGUACAUGCCUGACGUUGCCACAGAACCGGCUGGAACCAAUUUCAUAAACCGACAAACGCGACAGAUAUUCGUGAUCGUCAAGGGUGAUUCCGUCGUCAACAUCGAAACCAACGAACAGAUCAUCGUCUCCUUCUCGCUGCCAGCCAUGACAGUUGACGAUUUCUUCGGCGACAAUAUUAUCGAGAAUCUCGCCGCGUUCCUGAACGUGGAUCCGCGUAAAGUGCGCAUCGUCGACGUGGUCAAUGAACAGACGGGAUCGGGACGGCGUAGACGGAGGACUGUUGCCACGACGACAGUCGUUGUGGAGAUUGGAGACGAACCGGGGGAGACGGGGUCGGGGUCGCUGACGUAUUCGCAGCUACAACAGCUUCAGAGUCAGAUCGUCCUGCUGGCACAGACAGGCAGCUACGACAGCAUCGUCAAUGCCACCGUCCUGGGAGUCUCCUUGGUGGAGGUGGUGCCCUCUGUUGAGAGCUCCGAAUGGGGGCAGAUAACUGUGGAUGAGACGCCUGUGGCAUUGACGAAGGCAGGUCAGAUGACUGUUCAUGAGACGCCGGUGCCGAGUAAAGAAGGACAGACAUUCACGGUCCCGAUUCGAUUGCGGGUCGUUGAUACCGAUGGAGCAGUCAUUACGAACCUUGGAACUACCAUACAACCGUGGCAGGUGACAGCAACACUCGUGAAGGGAGCUAAGAGUGAUGUCAAUGCGACACUGACAGGAACCACUACUGUGUCUUUCUCUGACGGUUGGGCUAACUUCACCGAUCUGGUGAUAACUCAUGCAGGCUCCGAGUACGGCAUUGACUUGGCCGUGACCAGUCCAUCAGAGGCAGCCAACUUCACCGUGGCCAUUUCCAAUAUCACCGUUCUGGGUCGACAGCUGACUGCCUAUGUGGCCAGUUUAAUGGAUGACGCGGUGGAGGAUGCUCCAGUCAAUAUCAGCCUCGGUUUGAAGGACUAUGAAACGAAUGAGCUCAUCUCAGAUAUCACAUGGAGGGGUCACAGCUGGGCUAUCAAUGUGACUAUCACCGAACUCGACACAGUCGAAGGUUCUCUCACCGGCCAGACCGCGACCUCAUUUGACCCGACGACUGGCAUUGUCGUCUUCGACAACAUCGUCUUCUCGGAGGUGGGCAUCUACAUGUUGACAUUCCGCAUCGUCUCAACGCCGGUCUACUACGACUUCACCUACAACAUCAGCCUACCGAUUGUUUCUGCAGCGACCGUUGGGAUGCCCAUCGAGCAGGUCAGCGAGGUCGAGAUGAAGGUCAAGGCCACAUACGAUGAGAAGACAACUCUGAAAGACUCGAUGCGACUCGCCAACAGGUUCUCCGUCGAGAACAAAGACAAGCAGAUGAAAAUUGUAUCGGUAGCAGCAAGACCUGGGAGUGUCAUCAUCACUCUGACGAUGAUGGGAUCACUGACGGGGAUGAAUGGAACAUUCUAUGCGUUCUGUUCCCACAUCAGCGGCGGUUCCACAUUCACAUUCGGGGCCAGCAACGUUGCUCUCUCGCCGUACCUGACAGUCAAUGGAUCGACGUAUUAUGGCCCUUCAUGCGGAGUGGCUUUGACUUAUGGAGACGGCCUUCACCCUGGAAUCAUUGUUGCCAUUGUCCUGAUUUGUCUGCUGUUGACUGGUGUCAUCAUCAUGUUCAUUGUAUGGAGAUGUCAUUUCCACCCAAAGACCAAGACUUACGACACCAGUCCCUAUGGCAACAAGUACACUGGAAAGAACACCGUGACAGUCGAAGACUUCCUGUUCCGAGACAAAACCUUCAUGAGCAUCAAGAGUCGGCCGCUGAGCACCUCCCAAGCCCCAGCCGCUACCCUGGCGGUGGGACAACUGGCGUACUCGCUCAACGAUAACUAUGACGACCGACCUGUGUCCGCCACCUCGGCUCGAAGCAUGCCCAUCCCAGCAGAAUAAAGUGUUUCCACGGAGUCGUUAAAAAUUAAUCUAAUUCACAUGUAUUAGACUCUGGAUAAAAAGUAUUUCCCAGGAGUUGUUAAAACUUAAUGUUCAUAUGUAUCAGACUGGUUAUAAAGUGUUUUUGAGGAGUCGUUAAAACUUAAAUCUUCACAUGUAUCAGACUCUGGAUAAAAAGUAUUUCCUACAAGUUGCUAAAACUUAAUGUUCAUAUGUAUCAGACCGGUUAUAAAGUGUUUCGAGGAGUCGUUAAAACUUAAUCUUCACAUGACAGACUGGUUGAUUUUUUUCCAUUGUACAUGUAGUGUGUGUGUGAAAAAAACUUAAUUUUUAUGGUUGUAGGACUAAUCAUUUUUUUGUUGUUGGGGUUUUUUUCAGGAAAGAAAGAACUAAUCUUUACUUAAUGGAGAGAAGUGUGUUUUAUUUUGGAGUAGUUACUAUUUUGAAAAGUAAUAGGUGAAGGAAAAUCAAAUUUUUUAUUCCUCUGUGGAGCUUAAUGUUUGUUGAAUUUUUAUGUAUGAAGUAAAUAUGUUCUAUGUAAUUAUAUUAAAGAAGUUCUGUAUAAUGAUUGUUUAAUACAAAAAGAAAAGCUAAUCUUGACAUGAUUUUUUUUUUUUUUUUUUUUGCAUUUAUAGAUUUGUGUAAAUAAAGAUUUUAACUUGUAAAGAAAACAAUCUUUACACUGAUAAGAUUUUUUUACAUUAAUAUUAGAAAAAACUAAACAAUAUACACAUGUAAUCUGUUAAAGGGUUUUUAAAAUCAUCCUUAUAUGUACAAAAACAAAUUUAAAUGUAAUCAUUGUAAUACUGGAUGUUUCUACAUUUAUAUUAGAAAAAACUAUAUUUAAUAUGUAUCUAAAAGAAAAAAACAACAACACUUUUUCAUUAUUGUAUGUACAUACACCAAACAAAUUUAAAUGUAAUUGUAAUAGUGGAUUUUUGUAACCAAUUUAUUAAUUUUCAGUCUUCAUUAAAUUUAGUUUUGUAAAAUGUGAUGCAGUGAAAUAUUUUAUAUUUAAAGAUUUUUUUUCUUGUACAAUAUUACUGUGUGUUCUUGUUUUAAAUUUUAUUUCUUGACCGUUUCUUAUAUUGUGAUAUAUUUCCUUACAUAUUCCACCCAUAACGAACUGCUGUUUUGUUAAUAUUCUAUGAUACUUUACACGUACACGUAUACGUCUUACUUAUUUAGUAAUUCUGUGUCCUUUUUUCUUCCUGUCGAUAGGGCCUGAUCCAGACAUCGUUUUUCUAGAUGUGUUUGUAUUUAUUAAGUAGACAAUGGACAAUAACGCCUGCAAAUCUCAAAACUCCCUGUGAUUUCUUCUAAAACAAGAUCAUAUUUGGUACAAUUAGUAAAAAUACUUGUGUCUGGUUUUCAUUAUUUAAUGUCAUUUCAUAGGUAUUUCAAGACCCGAUGCAAUAUUUCGAAAUGGGAGGUGGGGGGGAAGGGGAUUGGGGGGGGGGGAUACUCCAAAAAAUAUGGAUCUUCAAUAACGUUUUUGUCCUCUUAACAUUCCGUAUCAACUGUUUGUAUUUUAUUUGAAUCAAUAUUUCAUAACAUAUUUAAUUGUUAAUCCAUCCAUAGCAUAUUGUGAUACAAACACCUAUAUAUCUUUGUUGUACCGUAAUAUAUAUAUUGUGAUUUUUUAAAAUUACCGUAGCCAUAUCAAAUUGCAUCAUAUGCACAAUGUAGUACUUUAAUUUCAAAACUUUUAUUCUUACACAUUUUUUAUUACUUACCAGUAUGUUUUUAUGAUCAUGUUAAAAUUGUGAUGUUAUGAGACAAGUUUUAGUCAUUGGCCUUAUGUUAGCAUAAAUAAUUCCAGCAAAUAGCAUGUUAUUUAAGUAAUAAUGAGUAAUAGGGGUUUUUUUCUCUGCUUUUUGUAACACUAUAAAAACAUGGUCUUUUAAGCAUGGCUAUUGCCCCCGCCCGCCACCGACCUCGGUUGGGCUGCUAGUGCUCCCAUGCACUUGCCAGUGCGGGCGGUCCCCUCUUCCCACCCACCCCUAGCCUUCACCUGUUUUGGAUUGAUGAGCCGGUCGAGGUCUGCACCUGCGCCCAUGACAGAUGUGCGCUACAAAAGCUUAUUCUGAAUGUGUACGUAAAACCCUACGACAUAACAUGAUGUAAGCAUGGCUGUUAAAUACAGUAAAUGAUUAUAACAUUUAGAAUAACAGUAUAGUGGUUUAGCGGCCAUUCAUCAAUUAAGUACAUGUGAAAAAUCAGAUGUUUUUUGUUGUUUUUUACAACACCCUAUUUCUCUUAGUAUAUUUUUAAUGCAGUGCAAACAUAGCAUAUUCCACUGAGACAUUAUAUAAUUGUGGAACAGUGCCUUAAAACAUGUUUCUUGCUUAUGUUAAUACAUUUCCUGCUUCCGGAGAUUUUCCUAAUGCAUAAAAAUAAAGUAAACAUUUUUGGUUUAUUAAAUUUCGGGGUUUUUUUGGGGGGGGUUUUCUUGGGGGGGGGGGUGUGUUAAGAAAUAGAAAGAUAUUAGUAGAUGUGUUUUACUGACUAACAGGCUCAAGGCCAUCCUGUGUAUUCGCCAUAUUGAUUGACUUAACAUUUUUUUUAACCGUUUUGAUCACUGUGAUAUUUUAACAACAUCUGGAGCUGUUAUAACUAUUAUCGUUUUUAAAAUAAAUAUUCUGCAAUA